AAAAUUAGAUAAACACAUAAUUUAGUGUGGACAAGGAGUUAGAAGAGGUGGUGGUGAGUGUUGGGUCUAGUAAUGAUGGCCCAGUGUGGGGAGGUGUAGGGAUUAUGGGGUUUAGCAUGGAUGGGGUAGUCUCGGAAGGUUGAGAAAGAAGGGGGCUGGGUAAAUUAAUGGGGGAGGUUUCUAAAAAUUGUUGUAGAGAAGAUGUAGGAGAGGAGAGCUGAGGAGUGGUAAGAAAAGGAAAAAUUGACUGAAUCAACAUAAUCAUCCGUCACACAUCAUCAUCCUCAUGUUAGGAAAUUCUAUUUCCUAUAAUGAUAUGGGCCACAUAUUUUACAAUUAUAUGAGCUAUUUGGUUAUGUGGGCUAAUUGAAAGUGAUCCAAAUCAGGAGCCCAAAGAUGUCUUGGAUUGAUAUGGGCCUAAAUGGGUGGAAACCCAAUACUUAUUCACCUUGGGUUUUAUGGGAGCCCACGGUGACUAGUAUAUAAAGGAGUUGAGGUCGUGGUCCCCAAUACACCAAGACCAAAAUAUUCUCGUCUUCUCCCCAUCAGGAAGACGAGAGCUCUCCCAUAAAGGAACUAUGGAGGCUUGGUUGAGGAAGGUCACAGUACCUCCUGGAUCGUUCUCUAGGAGUAUCGUCUAGUUCCAAAUCAUCUUUCAGAUUCCGCAUCAAGUUGUUGGCGAUUAAUCGACACGUAUCCAGGUAUUUCUGUUCACCUUUGAUAAUCUAACGAGAUGUGUUUCGGGGAAUUACAUAUAUUGAUUAAUUCCAACAAGUGGUAUCAGAGCCCUUCAUCUUUGUUUGAUUGUUGGGGUUUUGGAAUUCAUGUUUGGAGCCUGUUUGGUUCUAUGUUUCCUUCUUGUGAUUCCUUUGACAUUCCUUUGGCAUGCAUAUGUUCUAUGCAAGAUUGUUAUUUUAUUUGACAAUCUGGUAAAAUUACUUAUUCAUAUUAAGUUCAUAUGAAUCAGGUUUUCAAAAUCAUUUGGUUUCAUUUCCGGUUGGUUGAAUCUAAAAUUCCAGAAAAUGCAUGCUACUGUUCAUCAUGCAAUGAAGUUUUUUUUUCUUUCUUUCUUCUUAAUUUCCCUCUUUAGUGAAAUGGGGAAUGCAGUGGGAAUAUGGGAUCAUAGUCAUGAGUUUUGUUUUCCUUAACGUACAAUUUGGUGCCAGUUACGGAAAUUCAACUCUACGGAUUUAGCCUUCCACCACUGUCACAUGUGGCAGAUGACAUGGCGCCAACAAGGUGACAACAUGGCGGCUGCACAUGUGGCGUGUAUGGAAGACUAGUAGCAUAGAGAUGCUCCUAGGAUUCUCCACCUAAAUGAGAGCUUAAUGGUGCACUUAUGAGUCACAUAAUGGGUGACAUUGAUAGAGUGCAUUAUGGGGGAAACUUAAUAGGGUGUAGUAAUGGGGAGGGACCAUUAUGAGGGGCAUUGAUGCCUUGUAUGAGGAGAGGCCUAUAUCAGGAGCCAUCUCCCUCACUUGUAACUCAUCCAUCAUUUUUUGUGAGCAAUACAACUAUAGAGUUUCUCCCAUCUUCUUGUGUCUUGUUCUUGUGAGUUGAGUGAGUUUGAGAGCUUGUGAGAAGGCUGUCUAGCAUCUCUAACGGAAUUGAGAGCUAGGGCCGCACGACCAAGAGUAAGGCCGUGACAGUUGGUAUCAGAGCCUGGUUCUGAAAGAAGAACCUGUGUCCUCACUCCCCAAGAAGGAAGAUAAGAAAGAGCGAGAGCCUCACCAAAGAUGGCUGGAUCAGAAGUCCACGACGAUGCGGAGAAGCACCGUGGAAGGGAUACCGUGAAGAAUCCCAAACCAAAGGGUGACAAGUCAAGCACUCGUGAUCCUAUGACGUCUCUAGAGCGGCGUGUCUCUAGAGUGGAAGUGAAGUUGGCAGAAGACAUCACUACCAUCGAGGAUUUGGGAGGUAACUUCGCCCAAGUCAAAAGCGAUAUUCAAGGUUUGAAUGCUCGUUUGUCGAGCUUGGAGAUCUACCAUGAUGGGAUGCGAGAAGAGCUUGUGGCUCUCAUCACCAACACCAUCUCCGAAACCGUGAGCACCGCCAUUGCGGUCGUGAAAGAGCAUGUCCAGGCCGAGCUGGUGGGCGUGAAGGAAGAGACUGCAGACCUCAAGAGUGAGGUCACUCUCGUGAAGAGAGCUAUGGCUAACAGACCUGCCAUCGCACAACCUACCUCAACCAUGGAGAUUCCUAGACCAAAGAGCUUUCAAGGGUCGAGGAAUGCAAGGGAGUUAGAGAACUUCCUAUGGAGCUUGGAGCAAUACUUCGAAGCUUCGGGUAUCCGAGAUGAGAAUACCAAGGUAAAAACUGCACCUCUCUACUUGAGUGAUGUUGCCAUGCUGUGGUGGAGAAGGACCCAAGGCGAUAUCAAUAAAGGGACGUGCGUGAUGGAGUCAUGCGAUGACUUCAAGAGGGAGAUCAAGAGGCAAUUCUACCCAGAGAAUGUUGAGUUUGAAGCCCGGUCGAGACUAAGGAGGCUUGCUCACGAAGGAGAAAUUCGAGGGUAUGUGAAGGAGUUUUCUGAAUUGUUGCUCGAGAUCCCCGACUACACCGACAAGAAGGCCAUGUUCACCUUCCUUGACGGCCUCCAACCAUGGGCGAAGUUGGAGCUACAACGGCGAGGCGUGCAAAUUCUUGCCGAGGCAAUGGCGAUUGCCGAGUCCCUAGUCGAGUACCACGAGCCGGAGGAACGUGCGGAGUUCGGAGGCAAUGGAGGUGGACGCGACUAUGAUAGAGACACACGAAGGCGUGGUAAACCGGACCAAGGAGGUAGUCAUAAGGUUGAGAAACCACUUACUUGCUUUCUUUGUGAUGGUCCACAUCGUGUGAGAGAUUGCCCAAGAAAGCACAAGUUGUCGGCAAUGAAGGCCGUACUGGCAGAGUGCUCGAGCUCGGAAGAGGAAGCAGAGGAGACUCCUAAAGUGGAGCCCCAUGUCGCGAAGAUGGGUUGCAUGAAGAGAUUGAGCGCCAUCAAGCGGGCGGAAGAGCCUCCCCAUCCCGAGCAGCACAGCCAAUGCUUCGUAGAGGCGAAGCUCAACCAAAGGAAAACAAAAGCCUUGGUUGAUACUGGGGCAAGUUGCAACCUUCUUGACGUAGGUGAAGCACAGAGGCUAGGCAUCACGUACGAGAAGAAGCAAAGAGGGUGGAUGAAAGCUACCAACUCAAGGGCCACAAGAACUCAUGGAGUAGCGCGCCAGGUGCCACUCAAGCUUGGAGGAUGGACCGGGGUAGCGGACUUUGAGGUUGUGUCGUUGGAUGAUUAUCAGGUCAUCAUCGGCAUGGAGUUCAUGGUGCGGGAGAAAGCUUUCCCGAUUCCCUACGCCAAUAGAUUUUGCAUCAAUGGUGGAGCAAGGUUGGUUUCCAUGAAAAGAGAGCAACUUGCGUCAAGCAAGAGUUGUUUGGCGAGGAAAGGGAAGCAAGAAGUGGCAACGAUGGUGGAGGCAGGAGCUCACUCAAAGACUCGUUGGAGAAGGACGAGAAGGAGUGCACCACAUCGUGGAGCCAUGAAAGACGAGGAGGGGUCAUCUUCGACUUGCCAGGAGAAGCAAGGAAAGGCCACCAUGAUCGAGAAGGCGGGACGCUCGGAGAAGCGACGGAGAAAACCGCGGAGGAGUGCGCAACAUCAUGGGAGCACAAGGCUCGAGAGCGAGCCAGGGCCAUCCUUGGUUUGGAGGAAGGUGCAACAAGACCUUGCAAGCAAUGAAGCUAAGGCAAGGAAGGCGUCUUCCAAAGAGCCACGACGAGGGCGUCGUGGAUUGAGUGAAGGAGAAUGUCACCAACGAGGCUCAAGAGUCGAAAUAGGCUGCUCGAGGUCGAAGGAGGCAUUUCGUAGCAAGGACGCGACGAGGGCGUCGCGAGCAUAGGUGGGGGAGGAUGUCACAUGUGGCAGAUGACAUGGAGCCAACAAGGUGACAACAUGGCGGCUGCACAUGUGGCGUGUAUGGAAGACUAGUAGCAUAGAGAUGCUCCUAGGAUUCUCCACCUAAAUGAGAGCUUAAUGGUGCACUUAUGAGUCACAUAAUGGGUGACAUUGAUAGAGUGCAUUAUGGGGGAAACUUAAUAGGGUGUAGCAAUGGGGAGGGACCAUUAUGAGGGGCAUUGAUGCCUUGUAUGAGGAGAGGCCUAUAUAAGGAGCCAUUUCCCUCACUUGUAACUCAUCCAUCAUUUUUUGUGAGCAAUACAACUAUAGAGUUUCUCCCAUCUUCUUGUGUCUUGUUCUUGUGAGUUGAGUGAGUUUGAGAGCUUGUGAGAAGGCUGCCUAGCAUCUCUAACGGAAUUGAGAGAUAGGGCCGCACGACCAAGAGUAAGGCCGUGACACCACCCGUUGGCAUUUGACAUAUAAUUAAUAUUAUCCUUCCGGUUCCGGAAAUGCUGGUUUCCGAUUUUUUGCUUUGGAUAAUGAUAAUCGUUAUCUUCCGGUAAGGUGGGAAAUUAUCAUAAUGAUAGUUAAUAUGCCGGUUACGGUAUAGUUUUACGUCAAUAAUAAUAAUUAUUACAUUUGGGUUAAGGAAACCGCUCCAGUAGUUGUUGGUUUCUAAGAUUAAUAAUUAUUGUUACCUUCCGGUUACGGUAUUACAGAAGGGGAGUCGGAAGGGAUUAAUUUAUUAUUAAAGCCGUUUGUGUUUUACGGAAUUAUGGGUAAAGUCUUUGGAAUGAUAAUAAUAAUUAAUUGUAUUCCACUUAGCGGUAUUGGUUAAUUAUUUUCCGGUUAUGUAUAUGAAUUAAUUAACCAUUAAGGACUUCCGUUUAAGGGAUUACAGAAGGUAUUAAUUAAUUAUUUCUUCCGGUUGUUAUAUAUAUUUUCGAGUGUUUUAUACUUCCCAUAAUAAUAAUAAUACCACUUAUGAUUAUCGGCUGUUUCCGGUUGUAGUGGGAUAGGUUAGGGUGGUUACUCAAUUUUGAGUAAUCACGGUGGCUACCAACAUCUAUACCAUUCAUUAUCUUUAUUUUAUUAUAAUUUUAAAUUAAUGAUUAAGAUUAGC